CAAUUAUUGAAGAUAAAGACGUUUGACCAUUGAUGUUCCAUGAAACACUCUGAAAAGAGCUGCAUUUAAAAUUUCACAAUGGAAUACGAAAAUGUCUCACUCAUUUCCAUCGGUGCCAAGCAACGUCGGAGCAAUCUCGGACAAAGCGAAAGAUAAGAUGUAUUUACGCGUGGGUGUUCAGGUUUUUUUUUCAGUUCUUCGAUUUGUCACGAAUCUCUAUUCCAUUCAAACGCAGUGAUACUCUCGGGAUGGUUUUGUGCUGGUAGCUUAAAGAUUCAUUCGCUCUGGACGUUGACAGGUGCCAGGAAAAUGUGGGCAAAGGUACCGCGUGUGAAACUCCUGAGCGGAUACGAAAUCCCACUUAUUGGACUAGGAACCUAUCUGACAAAAGGUGAAGCAGGUGUCAAAGCUAUCAAGGAGGCAAUCGACAUCGGCUAUCGUCAUAUCGACACCGCCUACAGAUAUGGAAACGAACGGGAUGUUGGCCGAGCAGUGCGUGAAAAACUGGAGGAGGGCUACGUGAAAAGAGAGGAUUUGUUCAUAACCACAAAGCUAUGGAACACCUUUCACCAUCCGGAGCACGUUGAAGAAGCUUUCCAUCGUUCGUUGAACAAUUUAAACCUCAAUUACGUUGACCUGUACUUGAUGCAUAUGCCGAUGGGACUUGUUUUUCGGGGAUUCAAAGAGCAGGAUCUGGUAUCGUACGACAGUUCAGGAAAGGUAGAGUGCUCCGAUGUAGACUACUGUGAUACUUGGAAGGCAAUGGAAAAACUGAUCCACUCCGGGAAGGUACGGAGCAUUGGAGUUUCGAACUUCAACAGCAACCAGUUGGAGCGCCUUCUAUCAAUUGCAUCCAUCCGGCCAGUUACCAACCAGAUCGAAUGCAAUCCUGGUUUCACACAAAAGUCCCUAAUCGAGUUUUGUCGUAGCUUGGACAUCACGGUGACAGCCUUCAGUCCUAUGGGCCGUGCGAAUAGAAGUGAUUCUUCAAAUCAAGUGACAGCCAAUGUUCUCACCGAUCCAGAAGUGGCCACUAUCGGGGCAAAGUAUGGAAAAACCAACGCACAAAUCGUUCUACGCUACCUGAUCGACAGCGGCACGAUACCCGUUCCCAAGCCAUCGAAUCGCACUGAGAUGCUACAGAACAUUGAUAUCUUCGACUUUCGGCUGACUCCGGAAGACAGCGCACUGAUGGACCGAUUCGACAACGGGAAACGAGCAGUUCCGCUGAAAUAUUACAGUCAUCAUCGGGAUUAUCCUUUCGAGGAGACGGGGGCUGCGCGUUGAUGUUCUACGAUAAUAGAUACGAGUGCUUCAUCAGGCGACAAAAUCUGACAAACGGUGUGUAUGUUUAUGUAAUAAGAACAAACGCGCCAACGGAAUUUGCUGAUGCUGAUAAAUUUGUUUCCUUAGGCGUGUUCUGCUGAUGUUAGGCAAGUUGUCGAAAAUUUUAUGAUGGAAUAACAAAUUUAUUAAACAAUGUAAUAAAACGUUGCUUGAAUCUAGGAAAUGAAUAA